UUCAUUCAUAAAAGAGGAGAAAAAGGGGGGAGGGGGUGAGAGCGUGAGUGAUGAAUCCACUCUGUUCAUUUCGGAGUGGAUUUAAAGUCUGAUCUGAUACUGAAGUCUGAUCACUUAAAUCCUCCCUUAUCAAUCAACCAGUCAAUCAAUCAAUCAAUCAAUCAAUGACUGAUUGAGACAAGGGUGGAGGAGUGAGGAGGGUUUUAAACUGUGAUAGAGAGCUUUGAACUGUAGAGGGCAGUGUUGUUCUUCAACAGGAAAUUGUGUUAGAUAACUAACUAGCUGUCUAUUUAUCUAUUAUACUAUGUAUAUAUAUUUAUUUAUUUUUCUUGUUCCCUACAUGAAAUGUAAAUUGUUGUUAAAUAAAGUUGUCAAUAUACGUGUCCAGUUCAGCAAAGGAAACCUACUUUAAAUUAAAAGACACUGUUUUCACAGAAAUUGAUUUGACCCGUACUUUUAAAAUCGACAAAUUCAAUAAAAUCUAUUUAUUUCAUAUCAUAUUCUCUGUUUCCUCUCAGUAGACGGUUGUUACUGGAAUAUUAUAAACACUGUGUUCAAUAACAAUCCAGUAAACAUGGUAAUAAAUGCAGGUAAAGCAUAUUGAUUGGUGUUAAAUGAUAUUAUUAUUGAUAAAACAUCAAUUUGUUGAAUGGAACAAAACAUCACUGAGCUUCAGUUACAGUUAUUACAAUGACAAGAGUAUUAAUGACAUCUAGUGGUGAAGUCCUGCAACUGCAGGAAAGUUCCUGAAAGAUCCAGCACCGUCUGGUAUCUGUAAAAACAGCUCCUCCCAGUGGAGAGGUGUGGUAGUGACUGGAAAGUUCCUGAAGACUCUGGAGCUCCUCCAGUUAGAAUAUAAGAGCGUGGACAGUCCCACAGCUGAGACAGAAGACAACACAAGAAGAACACACACUUGAACAGUGUUUCAUCUCACAACAAGAAGAAUCAACUCCAAACCCACACUGAAGAUGCUGUGCUCUCGUGGACUCCAGUCUGGCCUCAGUCCACUCAUGCUCGUCCACUGGCCUGUGCGCAGUCUGUGGCCAGAGGUUAGACCUCAGCUCUACCAGCAGCAUCUACUGCAGAGACACCUGCAGGAGCUGAUGGACACACUUCAACAGCAGAUCCUGGAGGAGGAGGAGGAGAAGAAGAAGAAGUCUGUCCAAAGCAGUGAGACCAUGCAGCCAGUUUCCUUCCAGCUGGAGAAACAUGGAGACAACUUUGGCCUGAUCCUGAACACUGAAGGCUUUUCUCCAGAGGAGCUGUCUGUCAGGCAGGUGGGCAGGAAGCUGAGAGUCAGCGGCAAGACGGAGAAGAAGCAGGAGGACGGGAACGGCUCCUACUCUUACAGAUUCCAGGAGUUCAGACAGGAGUUUGAUCUGCCUGAAGGUGUGAACCCUGAAGCCGUCACCUGCUGCCUGAGUCCAGACGGGAAGCUCCACAUCCAGGCAGCCAGAGCUCCAUGUGCUGAGGAGGCUGAGAGAGAGCUGAGCAUCCAGAGGAGCACGGAGGAGAAAACACAGCAGAGUGAGUCUUCACACACAGAAGACAACAACAGCAACAGCAGCAGCUCUGAGACACACGACAGCAGCACACAGGACAAACCUGGACACAUGGACUGAUCACAGUGUUACUGUGUCUCUGUCAAACAUCAUGUUUUCAUACUAACCUUACAUAUUGAUGGUGAUGAUGGUGAAUGUACAUUAAUAAGUCAAUGAGUGAAAUAAAUGCCAUGUAAAUAAACACAA